CCCCGCCCCCCGUCCUCAUGGACUUUUGCUCUCUUUGGUGUAAAAUGCGUCAGAUUCGUCUUCGACGUUUUGGGUGAUUUUUGUCCGGAUUUUUGAGGAUCAGGAUGACCUUGUUGCGGGUGGCAGUGAUUGGCGCGGGGGCGGCAGGACUCUGCGCUGCGAGGCACAUCCUGGCUCAUCCGAAAACAUUUGCCCCUCCUGUGGUCUACGAGCUCAACAGCGACAUCGGUGGUACCUGGGUUUACAACGAACGUGUUGGCAAACUCGACAACGGGUGGCCCGUCCACAGCAGCAUGUACCAUGGACUCCGGACCAACCUGCCCAAAGAGGUGAUGAUGUUUCCUGAUUUCCCCUUUGACCCUCGGCUAAACAGCUUCCUGCCCCAUCAGGAAGUGCUGCGGUACCUGGAGAGCUACUGUCAGAGCCACAACAUCCGGCCCCACAUUCAGUUUGGCACGGCGGUACAAAAGGUGAGUCCUGUGUCGGUGAUGGACAGCGAGGUGAGGACAACGUGGGAAGUGACAUCAUCUGAUACAUCGGGUUGUCAAAAAACGCAGGCAUUCGACGCGGUGUUUGUGUGCACAGGGCACUACUCUGACCCUCACAUCCCAAACAUUCCAGGAAUGGAAAACUUCAAAGGGAAGGUGCUGCACAGUCAUGAAUACAGGUACCCGGAACCAUUUGCAGGUCAGUCUGUGGUGGUUCUGGGUGCUGGACCUUCGGGUUUGGACAUUUCCUUUGAGCUGGCUGCAGUCGGUGCUCAGGUCACUCUGAGUCAUGGUCUUCCUCGUUUCACCUUUCCUCUGCCUCCUGAGAUCCAACAGGCCCAUCCAGUGGUGGCAGUGCAGGGGGACGGCAGCCUGCGCUUCCAGGACGGCUCAGUGGGCGUGGCUGAGGUCCUGAUGCUGUGCACUGGCUACAUCUUCAGGUUUCCCUUCCUGGGCGCCGCUCAGCUGGGUCUGGAGGUCAAGGACCAUCUGGUGUCUCCCCUGUACCGCUUCAUGAUGCCGCCUGCCUUCCCCUCGCUCUUCAUCAUCGGCAUCUGUCAGAUCAUCUGCCCCUUUCCCCACUUCCACAUCCAGGUGCAGUUCGCUCUGGCCGUGUUGGACGGUUCUGUCCCUUUGCCGCCCCGGGCCGAGAUGGAGGCUGAAGUUCAACAGGAACUGGAGGAAAAGCUGAAACGCGGGGUCAAGUGGCGCCACCUGCUGAAACUGGGGCGGGAUCAGUGGCACUACUGUGAGACACUGGCGUGCACCGCCGGGUUUCCGUCACUGCCGCCGGUCAUCCACAGUUUAUACGAGGAGGUGUUCCAACAGCGGCGCAUUCACCCCCAGAACUACCGAAAACAUAACUACAGACUGAUCAGCGACACCGAGUGGGAGUUGGUGGAAGUGCAGGAGUGAGAGAAGAGAGGUCUCGUGUGAAGGAAGCUCUCCCAUUACUAACCACUCCAUGACAUCCAACCACUCCACGACAUCCAGCACUCCACAACAUCCAACCACUCCACGACAUCCAACCACUCCACAACAUCCAACCACUCCACGGCAUCUGACCACUCUAACCGCAUUCGACCUGGUGAUUUCAUGAAUCUAAGGAGGAGACACUGGAAUGAUCAUCAUUGGAUUGGCCCUCUUGAAGUUCAGCUACAACACACACUGCCAUCAAGGUCGCAGCAAACACACAACUUUAGCCCCUAUUCCAGAAUUCCUUUCCCCAACAACCUAAAAGGACUUGAUCAACCCCAUCCAAUCAAUCAUGACUGCUUAUUUUGUAUUGAUGAUGUUUUGUAUUUUUGAAACUUGUUUAUGAUGUAAUUAUUUGAAACAGGAUGAUGAUGUUUUUAUCAGUGUUUUCUUUUAUGAUGUUAUUGGAAUGUUUUGAUUUCUGUUUUAGAAUUUUGACUCAUUUAUGUGAUCAAAUUUGAUCAAAAGGGUGGAAUUGUAGUAUCAGAAUUACUCAUUCAAUGUCUUAUACAUAGCCUGCCUGCACUUAAGGUACGUACUGAAGGUCCCAUGUAACCCAGUGAGCUACAGCAGCUCUACAGCAGAAACAAACGGUGAUAACUUUCACUAUUCAGUGAGAGUUUUCAUGGGAAACUCGAAGUUUCACUUACUGGAAAAAUGCGUAUGUGACUGUUUGCUGUGUCCCUGCCUUAAUAAUAAUAAUAAUAAAUUUUAUUUGUACCGUACUUUAUAUUUGAAUACAAAUCUCAAAGUGCACAUAAAACAGCAAUAAAAAAAGAUAAGAUAGAAUAAAAUUACAAUACAUCAAACAUACAAUUAGUUAAAAACUAGCUGUAGGCUUUUCUAAAAAGGAAGGUUUUUAAACCUUUCUUAAAAGCAUCGACGGUCUGUGGGGCCCUAAGGUGGUCUGGGAGGGCAUUCCACAGGCGGGGAGCAGCAGCCUCGAAGGCCCGGUCCCCCAUGGUCUUCAGCCGUGUCCUGGGCUGAAGCAGACUAUGUAUUAGCAGACUAUUUUGUACAUUCCUCUGAAUGUACAAAAGAUCUCCUCAGAAAUGCUGUGAUCGCACACACAUCUUCAAAAUCCUGCUGUUCACACUUUUGACUAUUGCACCUCGAAGCCUCGAAUUAAAAGCCUGUUAUUUUAAUCUGCCAAUUUCUUGACUUAUUUCUGUAAACAGCCUCAGACACUUUGACUUAAAAUCAUUUCUGCCUCCACACCCGCCUUUUGUCCUGUGACCUAACUGUAACCCCACCUUUCGUCCUGUGACCUAACCCUAACCCCACCUUUCUUUCUGUGACAUAACCGUAACCCCUCCUUUCAUCCUGUGACCUAACCCUAGCCCCGCCUUUUAUCUUGUGACCUAAACCUAACCCUGCCUUUCAUCCUGUGACCUAACCCCGCCUUUCGUCUUGUGAUCUAAUGCUAACUCCGCCUUUCAUCCUGUGACUGAACCCUGCGUUCAUCCUGUGACCUAAAUCUAACCCCGCCUUUCAUCCUGUAACCUAAACCUAACCCCACCUUUCGUCUUGUGAUCUAAUGCUAACUCUGCCUUUCAUCCUGUGACUGAACCCUGCGUUCAUCCUGUGACCUAAAUCUAACCCCGCCUUUCAUCCUGUGACCUAAACCUAACCCCGCCUUUCAUCCUGUGACCUAACCCCACCUUUCAUUCUGUGACGUAACUGUAACCCCUCCUUUCAUUCUGUGACGUAACUGUAACCCCUCCUUUCAUUCUGUGACGUAACUGUAACCCCUCCUUUCAUCCUGUGACCUAAACCUAACCCCUCCUUUCAUCCUGUGAUGUAACCCUAACCCCGCCUUUUAUCUUGUGACCUAACCCUAACCCUGCCUCUCUUGCAGAUUGAUGGGAUAGGUUCAACCCCCUGUGACCCAUAACUUGAUUUAGAACACAGAUGGAUCUUUCUCUCACUGACCUGAAUGAAUCCUGCCCAGGUGUUUAAAGUUUCUGGGUUUAUUGUUGUGUGGGCCGCCAGA